AUGCGUGCUGGGGACCUAGCAUACUUCAAAAAGUACUAUUUCAUGUCCCCAUCACAAUUUGGUGACUAUAUCCUCAAUUUGGUCAACGAAGACUUGGAGAGAGAGACCUUCAUCAGAGAGCCCAUAUCUUCAGCAGAGCGACUUGAUAUGACCCUGAGGUAUCUGUGCUCAGGAGCCCUUAUGCAAGACAUUGCCCUAUCAUUUCGUUUGGGCAUAUCCGAGCCAAAGACGGAGACAUGGCUGCAUAUCGUUGAAGGAUUCAGCCGGACAUGGCAGUUUUUGAACUGUAUUGGGGCUGUUGAUGGAAAGCACAUACACAUUAAGUGUCCUCCGAACUCUGGAAGUAUGUACUUCAAUUAUAAGGGCACAUACUCCAUUGUUCUGCUUGCCGUGGUCGACAGCGACUACAAGUUCGUGAUCGUCGACGUUGGUGCUUACGGCAAACAGAGUGAUGGUGGAGUCCUAAAACAAUCAAAGUUCGGGUGUCGCUUGGAGAAUGGAAAGCUUCAUAUCCCGCGAGACCUGGAACUUCCGAACACGUCCCACCCAGCGCCUUGCGUGUUUGUGGGAGACGAAGCCUUCCAACUCCGCACCGAGUUCCUAUGGCCAUACCCUGGACGAGGGCUAAAGGGGCAGCGGCGGUCUGGCCAUUGGCGUGAGCUUCUUGCACAGCCGCCAAUGCAAGUGGCUCGUACACAGGCACGCCACUUUGCCAAAGCAGCUCGGCAGGUCAGGAACCUGUAUGCUACUCAUUUCUUCAGUAAAGUAGGCAAAGUGCCUUGGCAGGAUAAGAUCUUGUUUCCUGUCAACACAGGGCCCAAUGCAGCACUACCUGUUUCCCAGUGA